GGGGCUUGUGGGCGCGAGGCGCCGCCCCGCCUCGGGGUCGAGCCGCGGGCUCCGGUGCCGGCGUGCUGGGAGCCGUGUGGGUGAGCAGCCGGGAGGCCCGGGUGGGCCGUGCCUGGCUGCGGUAACGUGUGCGUGCGUGCGUGCGACUGGCGGAGGAGUAUUCGCGGUGCCGCGUUCGUCCCGUGGAGAUGAACGGUUUCGUCCGUGGCUCGUUGUGACGCUGAGUGCCCGGUGAACACCGGCAGAGCUUCCCAACCCGGGCUCGGCUUCGGUGUGAGGUGUGAAGGGAGGUUUUGGGUCUGUUUCCGUUCGGUGAAGAAACCUAACACUGGAGAUACUUAAGAAGCGAAUGCCUCUGGAUUUUGGAACAAAUUGUGAGUUUACAUGGAAGAAAUGCUGUGGCUGUUCUCAGGCUCUCUGACAAACUAAUUUCAAUGUUUCAGUAUUGCAUCACCUCGUGUUGAGUAACAGAAGCUCUACUGUUCAUUGAUCAAUGUGACAGUCCCCAGAAGUUUACGAGAUGAGCCAAGCCCGUGGGAGAUAUGACUUCUGCAUUGGGCUGGUGUUGGCUAUGAGCUCCAGCAUCUUUAUUGGAGGGAGUUUCAUCCUGAAAAAGAAAGGCCUUCUCCGAUUAGCAAGGAAGGGCUCCAUGAGAGCAGGUCAAGGUGGUCAUGCAUACCUUAAGGAGUGGCUGUGGUGGGCUGGACUUCUUUCAAUGGGAGCGGGAGAAGUAGCUAACUUUGCUGCCUAUGCUUUUGCACCAGCUACAUUAGUGACUCCUCUAGGAGCUCUCAGUGUUCUUGUAAGUGCCAUUUUGUCAUCCUUCUUUUUAAAUGAAAAACUUAAUCUACAUGGAAAAAUAGGGUGUUUGCUAAGUAUACUUGGAUCAACCGUGAUGGUAAUUCAUGCUCCACAAGAGGAAGAAGUAGAAACUUUAGAUGAAAUGUCCAACAAACUCCGUGAUCCAGGUUUUGUGGUCUUCGCAACAGUUGUUGUCAUUGUGUCUUUAAUUCUAAUAGUCGUGGUGGGGCCUCGCCAUGGACAGACCAACAUCCUUGUGUACAUCACAAUUUGCUCUGUGAUCGGAGCAUUAUCAGUCUCCUGUGUAAAAGGCCUGGGCAUUGCUAUCAAGGAACUUUUUGCAGGAAAGCCAGUGCUGAAACGUCCCUUGUCUUGGAUUCUGCUGCUAAGCCUUACCGUCUGUGUGAGCACGCAGAUCAACUACUUGAACAGGGCUCUGGAUAUAUUCAACACUUCAAUAGUGACUCCAAUCUACUACGUAAUCUUUACGACGUCCGUUUUAACUUGUUCUGCUAUCCUGUUCAAGGAAUGGCAGCACAUGGCGGCUGAUGAUAUCACUGGCACCUUCAGUGGCUUCCUUACUAUCAUCGUGGGGAUCUUUUUAUUGCAUGCCUUCAAAGAUGUUAACUUCACCCUAGCAAAUUUGCCCGUUUCCUUGCGGAAAGAUGACAGAGCAGCAAAUGGGUCUUUGCUGAGCACGUAUGACUGCUUUAAUCACGAUGAAGAAAGUUCUACCUGCCUAAGUGAAAUACAAUCCACAGAGAGUCUCUCAGCCAGGAGAAAUGGAAGUCUGUCAGCCUUCUGAAAACACCUACUUGUUAAAUAAGAGAAGAACAAUUCUGUAACUCUGGAUUUAUUUCUUUUUCCUGCUGUGAAAUGUCUGAGCUUGUCUGGAACCUCAUGUACUUCUUAACAGUGUGGGUAGACAAUCUUUAAGUUCGGUUAGUUUGGAUCACAAACACUGAAGGGGGUUUUAAUUUGCCUUAUUUUUACUUUACAAAAAUACUAAAAUGACCUCAGACCACAGCUGGUGUUGUUGCUUAAGUUAUGUAAAUACUUUCAUUUCCCUCUUCCGUUUCAAGAUGUAUUGCACUAAUGACAAUUUUAUCCAAAAUAAAUGGCUUUAUUUCUGCAUUGGUGGUAAA